UGAAACACGCGCUGCAACUUUCGCAGCGACGACCAAAUGAUGCACUUUGGCAAGCUUGCUUGGUAAUUGAUCAAUAUGGAUGAGGAGGGUCUCUCCAUCGAAGAAACAAAUGCGCUUCGUGCCAAGCUAGGACUGAAACCCCUCAAUGUCGGCACAGGUGCUUCAUCGAGCUCUGCUGCUCCAGGCACAGCACUGACAACGGAGCAACAAGAUGCCCUUGCAGCAGAGAACUACAAGCGCAAGCAAGAAGAGGCCAAGCAACAGGCGCAAGAGCAAGCAACGCGCGAUCGGAUUCGAAGGGCUCGAGAGCGUGCAGAGCGACAACGGCUGUUGGUUGGCAAGACACUUGGUGAGGAGGAUGAUGAUGAUGAAGACACGAUGAGCUGGAUCAAACGGACGAAAGCGGCAAAGCCAGCCAAAGCUGCACAAGUGAAGCCGUCGCAAGCAACUUAUACACGCUCAGAGCUGGCUGGCCUGAAGGUAGGUCAUGAUCUAGCAGAUGUGCAAGGUGGUGAAGAUGUUAUCAUGACAUUGAAGGACGGUGGUGUCCUCGAUGAUGAAGCCGCAGAUGAGCUCGUCAACGUCAGUCUCGCUGAACAAGAGCAGAUCAAGAAGCGUCGUGAGAGCAAGAAGCGCAAGUCGAUUUAUGCCGCGGAUGAAGAGGAGGAUGUCGAUCAAGCCACGGGUGAACGCAAGAUCCUUGCGCGCUAUGACGAAGACAUGGACGGUGGUGCACCGGAAAAGGAAAAGACAAGCUUCAUUAUCAACGAACGAGGCGAGACGGAGAAGGUUGCGGCCAAGCCUCCCAUGGCAGCCACCCGAAAAGUUGAGUCUUUGCAGACAGAAGCUGUGCCAAUGGAUGCCUCGUCCGACUAUGUCCAGGACGUCAAGCUCAAGAAGCGACUGAAGAAGUCUAAAACCUUUCGCAAGCGAGAUCAGGAGAAGUCGUCUAUUCCAACCUUCACAGUCAUUGCAAAAGAUUUGCAAGCAGAUGAAAAUCUCAAUUUUGUCGACGAUGAUGACUUGCAAGCGUCCUUGGCACAGCGACGGCGCCUUGCUUUACAAAGACGCGCUAAUCCUGACGAUUUGGUUGCCCGACUAGCAGCAUCCAGUUCAGUGCCAGAACCUACUGGACCAGUAGGACUUGUGCUCGACGACUCAUCAGAAUUGACUCGCUCACUCUUGGACAUCAGGCUUCCAGAGUCAAAGACAGAAGCCGCAUCGCCACAAGCGCCACUGGUUCAAACAGUUGAAGAUGUCGAUAUGAAAGAAGCGUCCGUUGUUGCUGCAGCAUGUGAGCCUAUCGGUUCCGGCAUUGCGGAGGAAGCCACCCUGAAUCAAGGUGUUGGUGCUGCAAUGAAGCUCUUGCUUGAGAAGGGAGUUAUCUCUCGCAACGAAGAAGAACAAAAGCUGCAACACGAGAAGGAGACCUGGCUAGCGCAAGAUCGCAAGAUUCGACUCGAGCUCGAAUUGGAGCGGAAGCAUGCUAAGGAUGAGAUUCGCAAGUCUGGAGCUUGGGAAAAGAUGUCGCAGCGAGAAAGAGAGGCAUGGGCAGCAAGCGAAAACAGACGAAUUGAAGCGCUUGAAGCGCGGAUGGCGCAAGAUCGUUUCAAACAUUACAAGCCAAAGGUUGAGCUCAAAUAUGUCGACGAUUUUGGCCGGAACAUGUCUCAAAAGGAAGCAUUCAAGCACUUGUCGCACCAAUUCCACGGCAAGGAUUCUGGCAGCGGCAAGACCGCCAAGAAACUUGCGAAGAUCGAGAAGGAAAAGCUUGCUGAGCGACGGACGAUUUUUCGAUAGACAUGUCUCACACUUUGCUCAACUCUCAUCUCUGAAAUAUGUAGCCCCCAACAUACUUACGAGGCGUCAAGUGUUAGUUGUAAUACAUCCUAAU